GUCUUUCUCCUCUGCAACUCGAGAAGGAAACGCCCUCAAAGAGAAUACCAGAUCCAUCUCCCAGGCGAAGAAGGGCACAACAAAUCGAUUGUUGUACCCCUCUCGUCGCCGCGCCCGCCAAAGCCUACGGAAUCUCAAGGCUGGGAGUUGGAUCCAGAUUUUCUACACCUCGAAUUGAAGAAAAUGAAGGACCAACGGCCCAAAUCUUUGAAGCCUACCACAAUCCAUGGCUUUGCACAGUCUGGAGAUAUCAAUGCAUUCCAGAAGUUGCUUCAGAGCAACCCUUCUCUUCUCAAUGAUUGUAACCCUGUCAUGGCACAGACACCCCUUCAUGUUGCCGCUGGUUACAACAACAUUGAGAUCGUAAAACUUCUUCUCGGUUGGCGAGGGCCUGAGAAAGUGGAAAUGGAGGCCAAGAAUAUGUAUGGAGAAACUCCAUUGCAUAUGGCAGCAAAGAAUGGGUGUAACGAAGCUGCAAGGUUGCUCCUUGCUCACGGUGCUACUGUUGAGGCCAAGGCAAAUAACGGUAUGACUCCUUUACAUCUUGCUGUCUGGCACUCGCUUCGAGCUGAGGAUUGCUCAACUGUUAAUACACUGCUAGAGUAUAAUGCCAAUUGCAGUGCUGAAGAUAAUGAGGGAAUGACUCCUCUAAAUCAUCUAUCACAAGGACCAGGUAAUGAUAAAUUGCGGGAUCUUCUCCUCCGACAUCUUGAAGAGCAGCGAAAACGAAGAGCCAUUGAAGCAUGCGACCAGACCAAAGACAAGAUGGAUGCACUCGAAAAUGAAUUGUCAAAUAUAGUGGGCCUAGAUGCGCUGAAGCUACAACUACGGAAAUGGGCAAAGGGAAUGCUUUUGGAUGAGAGGCGGCGAGCCCUUGGACUCAAAGUUGGGGCCAGAAGACCGCCUCAUAUGGCCUUUCUAGGAAAUCCUGGAACGGGUAAAACUAUGGUAGCCCGAGUCCUAGGGAAACUGCUGCACAUGGUGGGAAUACUUCCGACAGAUAAAGUAACAGAAGUGCAGAGAACAGAUUUAGUUGGAGAAUUUGUUGGGCAUACAGGUCCAAAGACAAGAAGAAAGCUUCAAGAAGCCGAGGGUGGCAUCCUCUUUGUAGAUGAAGCAUAUCGCCUGAUACCAAUGCAAAAGUCAGAUGAUAAAGAUUACGGAUUAGAAGCAUUGGAGGAGAUCAUGUCUGUCAUGGACUCUGGAAAAGUAGUCGUCAUAUUUGCUGGGUACAGCGAACCCAUGAAGCGCGUAAUAUCCUCAAACGAGGGCUUCUGCAGAAGGGUGACGAAAUUUUUCCAAUUCGACGACUUCAGCAGUGAAGAUUUGGCCAAUAUUCUUCAUCUUAAAAUGAGCAACCAGGGUGAAAGCAGUCCUCUGUACGGAUUUAAGUUGCAUCCUUCAUGCAGCGCAGAGGCCAUCCAAGCAAUGAUCGAAAGAGAAACGAGUGAAAAACAGCGCAGAGAGAUGAAUGGAGGUCUGGUGGAUCCAAUGCUGGUAAAUGCUAGAGAGAAUCUUGAUUUGAGGAUUGAUUUUGAAUGCAUAGACACAGAUUCUUUGGUUACCAUCACAUUAGAAGAUCUGACAAUGGGGCUUCGGUUGCUAACGCGAUGAGUGGCGAAAAGGUGGAGCUGUUCAUUCUUUGUCUACUGUCACAGGUAGACCAUACAAAUAUGUGUUUAUCUUUUUGUAAUUUUUGGUUUUCUUUUCAUGAGUAUUCACUCAAAUAUGUAAUUCAUCAGACAACGCUUAUUGAUGCAUAUUUUGUUGUAUGUUACUGAGAUUAAUGGUUCAUUGCAACUAUUCGAUUA